AAAAACUGCAGCAGGAAACGCAAUUGGUGGAGCCAUUAGUAGAAGCAGCAAAACAAGGACCAAUUCUUCGAACUACAUAACGUGUUAGGUAACACGGAUCCAAUGAACAUAAUGACUACAGAAGAUCCAACGGAUCAAUCAGACCUAAUUUGCGUAGAAGAAAGCCUUAUGAGUUUAGAGAAACUAGAUAGAGCAUCGCCUGACCUAUGGCCUGAGCAAAGUAAGUAUAUUCUAUACAAUUUUAUAGCCUACUUUGGACAAGAAUUACAAUAUAUCAUAUAUAUAUUAACAAUUAAUGAAGUUCCAGGUGUAAAUGAAUUCGUAGCACAAAAUUCACCUCAAACAGAACCGUCAUCUUGGGCUGCUGGUCUCACACCUGAUGAUAUAAAUCAAUUACAUCAACUCGGAAAUUUAUCAAUGGGUGGUUUAAUAUCUGAAGUGAAAAAGUUACAUGAUAUGGCAUAUCAAUUGGGAUUGGAAGAGGCGAAGGAGAUGACCCGUGGAAAAUAUUUAAACAUUUUCAAGCAUAAAUAAUAGAAUUUUUACCAAAGAAAUUAUAUGUAAGAAAAUGAAUCCAUCUUGUGUAUUUCUGUAUAUUCACGAAGACUGAGGGGAAGUUAUUGAUCAUGCUGCAGUCAGAACCGUAUGAUAAAAUGCCUAACUAAAAAUGAUAUAAAUAUAACUGUAGUUUUAUAAAUGUACUUUAUUGUAAAUAAUCAAAUGUAAAAUUUCAUGAAAUGUUAAAUAUAUAAAAUUUUACCAAAAAAUAUGUAUCGCCGUAUUUAAAUAAAAGGGGACUUCCAUUGUA